AGUCCUUCUUGAGCUUCUCUGGUAGCAUGAUCAUCUCCCACAUCUUCUUCUUCAUCAACUCUUAAGACCGAAGCCCAUUCAGAUCCUUGGAAGUUUAAGCAUGGUGGAGAGGAACCAUACUUAUCAACUUGAGUUUGCGAGUUAGCGAAAUUCGAUUUGUGAAAUCGUCCAUUUCAAAGUGUCUUUUUGAAGAAACUAGUUGGGACUUUCAUCCAACAGCUUUCGGCAUCUUACAAUACACAACUCUGGUGUCUGCGAGAUGGACUCUAUUCAAUAGCUACGAUGAGCACCGAGCAGCAGAAUGCUUCUUCGUCCUCUUACCGGUGCACAUAUGAUGCAUUCUUAAGUUUCAGAGGUGCAGAUACACGCACGGGUUUUGCAGAUCACCUCUACAGGGCUUUGGAGUUGGCAGGAAUCCACACUUUUAGAGAUGAUGAUGAAAUUGAGGGAGGAGCAAACAUCGAACAGGAGCUACAGACAGCAAUACAAGAGUCACGAGUAUCAGUCAUUGUUUUCUCCACGGACUACGCCUCUUCCACGUGGUGCCUGAAUGAACUUGCUAUCAUCAUGGAACGUACAAAAACAGAUGGACACAAGGUUGUGCCGGUUUUCUAUGAUGUGGAACCAUCAGAUGUCAGGAAACAGACAGGCAGUUUUGCAGACUCAUUUACCAGACAUGAAGAGCGCUUCAAGGACAAUAUAGACAAGGUGGAGGAGUGGAGACGAGCUCUUAGAGAAGUAACAGACCUGGGAGGGAUGGUUUUAGGAGAACGGUACGAAUCGCAGUUUAUCCAAGAUAUUGUUGAAGCUGUUGGAAAUAAACUGGACUACAUGAACAUGUGGAAUAGGAGAUUAAGAGUUGAUCCCUAUGUAAUUGGAAGAGAUUAUUAUGUCGAAAGCCUGAACACCUGGCUUGAAGAUGGCUCAAAUGAUGUUGGAGUAGCUGUCAUCCAUGGAAUGGGUGGAAUAGGCAAGACCACCAUUGCUAAAAUUGCUUAUAACCAGAACUUCUCUAAAUUUCAAUCUAGCAGUUUUCUUUCAGAUAUUAGGGAAACUUCCAAACAAGCCAAUGGUUUUGUUCACUUGCAAAGGAACCUUCUUUCAGAUAUCCAAAAGAGGAAAAUGAACAACAUAUACAGCCAUGAUGAAGGUAUAGUAAAGAUCAAACGGGUUGUACGUUGCAAAAGAGUUCUUAUUGUUCUUGAUGAUGUUGAGAACUUGGAACAGUUCAAUGUGAUUCUUGGAAUGCGGGACUGGCUCCAUCCUGGAAGUAAAAUUAUCAUAACAGCUAGACAUGAACAUUUGUUAAGGGCUGAAGUUUGUGUAAGGUUUAAGGUUGAAGGAUUACCUGAGCAUCAAUCACUUAAGCUUUUCAGUUGGUAUGCCUUUGGACAAGCCCAUCCUCAAGAAGGUUACAUGGAGCUUUCAAGACCUGUAGUAGAACAUUGUGGAGGGGUUCCAUUAGCUCUUCAAGUUCUGGGAUCUUCUCUAUUUGGAAAAAUAGUAGAUGUAUGGAAAAAUGCAUUACACAACCUAGACGUGAUUACUGAGGGAAAAAUUCAAAAGAUUCUUGGCGUAAGUUUUCAUUCCUUACAAGAUCAUGAUAAACGUUGGACUUCAACAUCUGGUUGA